GAGGAGCACCCGCUCCCGAGGAUCGCGACCGGGAGGGAGGUGAUGAUGCAGGGGUUCAACUGGGAGUCGCACAAGUUUGAGUGGUACAGCGUCGUCGGCGAACGCGCGACGCAAAUUCGCGACGCCGGCUUCACGCAGAUUUGGCUCCCGCCGUGCACGGACUCGCUCGCGCCGGAGGGUUACCUCCCUAGGAACCUCCGGUCGCUGGACACGAAGUACGGGACCGAACAGCAGCUCCGGUCGCUGAUUGGCACGCUGAGGGAGAACAACAUCCUUCCGGUGUUGGACGCGGUUUUGAACCACCGCUGCGCGACGCACCAGGGCAACGGCGGAAAGUGGAACCGGUGGGAAGGCACCGGGAUGGACUGGGGCGAGUGGGCGAUCACGAACCGGAACAAAGACUUCAUGGGCGAGGGCGGCGACCCGACCGGGGAUGAGUUCUGGGGCUCGCCGAACAUCGACCACCGAGAGCCGAGAGUGCAGGAGUCCCUGUGCGAGUGGAUCAAGUGGCUGACGCACGACGUCGGGUUCGGCGGGAUUCGCUUCGACUUUAGCAAAGGCUACGGCGGCGAGUUCACGGGGAAAUACGUCCGCGCGUGCAUGCCGGAGUUCGCCGUCGGCGAGUUCUGGGACACGUUGAACUACGGCCAAGGCUUGGAGUACGACCAGGACGCGCACAGGCAGAGGAUCGUGGACUGGAUCGACGCCACCGGCGGCAUCUGCACCGCCUUUGACUUCACGACGAAGGGCAUCCUCCAAGAAGCGUGCGGCCGCGGCGAGUUCUGGCGGCUCGUGGACAAGAAGGGCCGCGCCCCGGGCGUGAUCGGGCUCUGGCCCGCGCGCGCGGUGACGUUCAUCGACAACCACGACACCGGGUCGACGCAGUCGCACUGGCCGUUCCCGUCGAACAAGGUUUGCAUGGGGUACGCGUACAUCUUGACGCACCCGGGGACGCCGUCGGUGUUUUGGGACCACUUCUUCGACUGGGGCUCGGACCUGCGCAAGCAGAUCACCGGGCUGUUAGAGGCGAGGAAAGCGAUGGGGGUGCACGCGCGGUCGAAGCUCGAGAUUGUCGCCGCGACGGACAGCGUCUACGCCGCGCUCGUGGACGACAAGCUCGCGGUGAAGCUCGGGCACGAUAACUGGUCCCCGAGCGGGGACGGAUGGAAGGUGUCCGUGUCCGGCGACCAGUGGUGCGUGUGGACGCGG